CAACUGACAUAUUUGCACAUCCCCAACUUGAUGUUGGAACGCGAGUCGAGCCGAGUUAACCCCUGCUGUCUGCCUCCAUGACGGUAGUCCAUCUGAUUCUCUCGCUAUCGCAAUCGGGCUCUUCGGCACUUACGCCUUGGCAACGUAGCUGCGGCCAUUUAGGAUAUUGGCCAUGUGUUGUACUACAUGACCUUACAAGUUGAGGCCGAUGGGUCUGCAUUGCGCUCCGCCCAAGGGAUCGAUUGCGAUCUCCUGAGAUAGUCCUGCAGUAAUGUUCUGACUGGCCAAGAUGAUGCAGUAUCCCGGAAUUUGGCCCAGCAAUGAGUGUUGCAUCAUGUAUAAGAAGGUAAUGGUCGACCGCUUGGCCAGAGUCGCAUAAGAACACCCAUGCCUCUCUUCAUCACUCAAAUAUGCUCGUCCUUACUCUAUCUUUGGUCGCGCAUCUGGCAACCGCAUCUUGUACAACAAAUGUCUCUGAGAUACCAGUUACCACAUUAUCAGAAGGAGCACUUUGUGCUUGCCACCAACUAUCAAACACAUAUGGAAAUCUUACGCUCUUCGGUAACUCUUCUGGUUACGUAGAACGAAGCACUGAUUUCUGGGACAUUCGCUCUGACCUCUUACCGGAGUGUAUCUUUCUACCAAAUGACAAGGAUCAGGUCGCUCAUGCAGUCAGCACGUUUGCAUCUUGCGGUGCCCAGUUCGCCAUGCGCGGCGGGGGGCACAUGAACUUUCCUGGAUCGAACAAUAUUGAUGGUGGGGUCUUGCUUGCUCUCAGCAAUCUGAACACUGUCAAAGUAUCGCAGGACAACUCAACCGUCGAAGUUGGGCCAGGAAACCGUUGGGUUGAUGUCUAUGAGGCGCUAUCUCCCCAUGGCCUUUAUACGGUAGGGGGCAGGCUCAAGACCAUAGGAGUGGCGGGACUCGAACUUAUCGGCGGGUUUCACUACUUCAAUAACAAAUAUGGUAUGGCCAUGGACAACGUAGUCAGCUACGACGUAGUGCUUGGCAAUGGCACCCAGGUCGUGGCAAACUCGACCUCGAAUCCGGAUCUCUUCUGGGCCUUGAAAGGAGGGGCAAACAAUUUUGGUGUGGUCACCAAGUUUACUCUCAAGACCUAUCCGAUUCCGCUGGUGAGCACGACUGCUCAAAUUCACAACGAGUCUGCUGUGCCGGAUUUUAUCGCCGCUACAACCGCGUUCGCCCGUCAUGAUGACCCAGAUAUUGCAGCUGGCGCCGUGAUCAAUAUCAGUCUGAAUUUUACAACCGGAGCGCUCACGACUUUGCUCCUCGGUGUUCAAGAAAGUACAGAAUCACCACCGUCUAAGUUCGCUGAUUUCUCCGAUAUCCCAGCUAUAUCCUCUACCAGUGCAGUUCUACCUCCUGUUGAAUGGCACUCCCAAUUCGAAACACCGAAUCAGAUGUUCAGGGUCCAAUUCGCUCACAGAACAAUGAAGCCAGACACAGAGCAGCUUCAACGUAUCUACCAAGAUUGGAGGAGCAAAAUCGAGAUCCUCAGUGAUGUGGAAGGCCUAUUUGCGACCUUUGUCAUGAACCCAUUGCCGAAGAGUGCCUUGAGUGUUGCAAAAAACAACGGUGUUGGCAAUGUUUGGGGCCUUGAUGAUGACGAGUCUUGGAUACUAUGGCAAGUGGUCAAUACCUGGGACAACGCCAAAGAUGACUUACGAGUCACCAACUUCGCCCGUUCAUUCAUCGACUACUGGCAUCAGGAUAACCAAGACAAAGGCCUGUCUUCCGAGUUCAUUUACAUGGGCGACGCUGCAGAGUUUCAGGACCCCUUCCCUGGCAUGCCACUAAAGAAUGUGAACAGAAUGAAGAGCAUUAGGGCAGCGUACGAUCCGCUGGGUACUUUCACCAGACUCAACUGGGGUGGAUUUAAGCUCUCUCCCUAAGCACCUCGCCCUCCUCUUCAUUAAUUCAGGUUUACAAACAACCCUGCGGGCUGCUCGAGUUAUUUAUGGGCGAGACCAACUGCUUUACAAAGGCAAACUUAAAGCAGGAUGGUGUGACACUCUCAGGCAUACAUAAUACACUAUCUUCUAGCAUCAGCUGCAUAUAUUGGAGCAGCAUUUCUGAUCAUUACAUCAUCUUCACAUGAGCUCCAUAAUCUAAGCUUGCAUGUAUACUUAUUAGAGGAAAAGUGUCCCCAUUAUGAAAUCUAUCUAGGUUGGGAUGAAUUCUUGGCUUUAGAAUAACUUUAUCCAGACCAUUGCAGAUUAGCAAUUGGUCAUUUUGGUAUACCUAAGGAAUGGGUAACAUACUGAUUGAUCUCGAGUUGAAUUCAUUCGAAGAACCAAUGAUACUAUUAAACGUUUCUUGCAGAUGAGUGUUUGCCUUCAACCAGACUUAACUUCCCAGUUCCGUGACAGUUUGAU